CUACGGAGUGUUCGUAUCCGUGCUGCUGCGCUGGAGAGGGAGGGGUUACUCAAGGAAGUACCAUACCGUAUCUUCAACAAGCUCGACGAAACUCUCUUUGCCGGACAUCUCAAGAACGCCGUCUUCCUCGAUGUCGAAAACUUAGGUUCGGAUGUAUCUGGCGCCACAUACACGCACGGCUGGGGACCCAAAACAGAGGGCAAACGUGUUUCUAUCAUCCUCAACAACGAUGUACUUGGAUAUGCUAGGUCGAGGGAAAUAGUUGCCAUUCUCAUUCAUCACAUGAUCCACGCCUACUUUUUAGUCGCAUGUGGACCGCAGAAGGAAGAAGAGGUGGAGUAUGGACGUCUGGCUCACGGCGUUCACUUCGGCAAGAUCAUGAUGGUCGUCAAAAAGCUCUCAGCUGCCCACGGAAAAGAGCUCACACCUCUCAGCUUUGGGCAUGAUCUUGGCGAGUUCCGUCAUUUCGACUACUACCCAAGGAAAAAGAAGCCGAUGGAGCGCAAGGACAAGGAUAAGUGGUACUGCAGUCAUUGCCAUCCUGACGUCGAAGAGCUCUCCGAAAGCGACAUUGACAAGUGGUACGGUAGAGUCUGCAAACCACUCUUCGACUGGCCGAAGAUAGUGCGCUCUGCCCAAGUCGAAAUAUACAACGACCGUCGCCACGAGCUAGAGAAGAAACCCCGUUCCCGAACCACACCCUCCGCCAAAUCCGUCGAAUUCCUCUUCAAAGACAAGCCCAUCCUAGUAGACAGCAGAAAAAUCGACGACCUCCUCAGCAUCGGCAAAGCCUUCCUAAAAGCAAAAUCGCGCUUCCUAGAAAUCCACGAAAAAGUCUCCGAAAAGACCUUCCUCCGCUUCCUCGAAUUCCUACACACAGGCUCUUACCGCCCCGACCCCCCCGCACUCACCAUGGGCAUGGGCCUAAGCACCAGCAAGAAAGGCCCCCCAAUCAUAAAAUCAGGCGGCACAAACACCCUCCCCACCCUCCUCGCAGACAUCCAGUUCGCAAACCUCGGCACCAACAUGUGCUUCGCAGAAUGCAAGACCUACGCGCUAUCCCGCAUGAACGCCUACGGCGCUACAUACGAAGACCCCGUCGCCCUGCUCAGCGAGAUCUACCACUCCGGCGAACCUGACCCGGACCUCAAAGCCUGGGCCAGGAAGUUCCUCGUCCAUGCCCCCUCUUCUUCGCCGGAUUACCUCUCCCCUGGUCUCCAUAGAAACACCGCUGCCGCUGAGCCGCCUAACCUCGUUAAACUGGAGAGCGAGCAAUGGCCCUUCCGCGCCCGCUUCCUCGACGCCGUGGAGUCGAGCGGCGCCUUGGAGAAUGAUGUGCGUAAGGCGUGGGUCGAAAUCGCGGGCAAGGGCUGG